UGCAAAUGUUUUUGUGCAGCCCUCACGCGCGGGCCUGCCCUUCAUUAGUCACAUCACAUCAAACUGAUAAUUGUCGGCGUGCAGACUUUAAAGGGCCAUCUCCCGCAAAGGGAAUCUAAUUAUUUGUCUUUCGGUCACAUUAUCCGCCUAUUUCGGCACAUUCGCACCUCGGUGAGAACCGACGAGGUCCUCCGCGAAGGUCGCAUUUUUGCCACUUGUGCUUCGCUUUGAACUCGGGUUUUUUUUUUUUCGCCUCAACUGUGAACCCAUAAACCUCCGGAGAUGCGCUCUUGUAUAAAACCGUCAUCUCCUCAGACAAAGUCCUCUGCUGUCAGCAUCUCUGGAUGCAAUUUCCUCAACAUGGACCUCGAGCUUGCAACGUCCAAAAUCCUCCUGGACUGGAAGGUCGGCGAGCCGCUCCACUCUUCCUCCUCCUCCUCCGCAUCCUCUCCAGAGUCGUCCUCUCCCUCCUCCUCCGUGGACUCCGUGUGCUCCUCGCCGGAGAUCUUCUACUCCGAUGGCCACCGGCAGCUGGGCUACGACUUUCCAGGGCGGGGGUCCGGCUCCGGCCCCAAGGCGUCCAGGACGCAAGUCAAGGCCAAGAUGUCCACCAAGAGGCGCGUCAAGGCGAGCGAGAGGGAGAAGCUGCGGAUGAGGAGUCUCGCCGAGGCUCUGCAUCAGCUCCGGGACUACCUGCCGCCGGACUACACCAAGAAGGGGCAACCUCUGACCAAAAUACAAACCCUCAAGUACACCAUCGAUUACAUCAACAAGCUCUCGGACAUUCUGAGCCGUGCGUAAAAGUCCCCGUUUCACGCACCCGCGCGUAAAAUCCACGCAGCAAGCUGGUGCUCAUUUUGGACUUUUUGUGUUGUUUUUAUUUCCUCUUUAGCACAUUAUUGUGUGUUUAGAUUUAUUACACAUUCCUUUGCUC